CCAUAGUUCAACAAACAAAAAAUAACUCCCUUUUAUUUAUUAUUAACACUCUCCCUUUAUAAAAUCAACAAUGUCCUUACUUGACAGCAAACACUCUGAAUUAAAAAUUCAAACACCCACCUUUCAACAGGUCAACACCUUUUACCCUUCACCUCACUCACCCAGUGACGACACUUGUGCCGAACAAGUCUUUAGCGUAUUACCACAAGAUACCAUCCAUCAAGAUGAAUUGAGCAACAAAGAGUGGACGAUGGCAAGCACUCCUUUAGAUCAUCAUCCCUUUUGCGAUGCCAAUCAUUUCCAAAGAUACUUUGGCGAAACUUCGGAAGCCUCAGUCAGCUCCACUUCUUCUUUGGGUGUUCGUACGCCUGAUAUUGGAAUAUUCGAUAUAACCAACAAUAACAACUCUCCUUCCUUUAUGCUAUCUCACCGUCCUUCCUUUGAAUACGUUUCACUAUUACAACAAUCGCCUAUCUUAUCUUACUCUCCACCACUUUCCUUGGAUCAUGCUUCAUUGAUGGACGAUUCAGUCACAUCCAAGAAUGAACCAGACAACAACCAUUCCUUUUCGUCACCUUCCAUUUAUUUUCCAAAUUACGUUAAUGAUGAUGCUUCUGGUCAGCUUAUUCCUUCCCUUUCCAAUGAAGAUCAUAUGAUGCUGUUACAAAAGAGUUAUUCCGAUCAUCCUGGAUACUUUGCAGCCGCUUUACAACAACAGCACUAUACUCAUUGUCAUCAAACAUCUUCCCUCAGCCAAUUAUCUAAGGAACAGUUGAUCGAACGCGUGGUUCAGUUAGAAAUGGAAAAGUCAUCCAGAUCAUCCAGCAAUAUGAAAUUACCUCCACCUGCCUGUGCCAUGGCUACAACAACUCGAACUGUAUCAAGUAAAGUAACACCUACACAUUCUGUUUAUUGUAUAACUUAUUCUUUUUAUUCUAGAUGCUCAACCCUCUGUCAGUAGAGUAUCCUCUAUUGCGAUCGCAAAGCCAAUUGUCACUGAACAUGAUGACAAGUCUACCAAGAUGUAUUCCUGUCAAUGGGCAUCUUGUGAUGCUCAAGCUCCUACCUUAGAUAAGCUUAUGACCCAUAUAUGCAAUAGUCACAUUGGCAGUGGAAAGGCUACUUACUACUGUGAAUGGAAAGAUUGCCCUAGAAACAAGAAACCAUUUAUGAAAAGACACAAAAUGCACAAUCACAUGAGAACUCAUACCGGAGAAAGACCUUUUGUAUGUACCGUGAUAGGCUGCAACAAGACCUUUUCAAGACCUGAUUCUCUCAGCACACACAUCAAGACUCAUUCCGAUAGUCGUCCUUAUUUAUGCUCUAUGCCCGGCUGUGAUAAAGCCUAUUAUCAU